AUGAGCUCACAGCUGGUCAAGCCGCAGCCACAGCAGGCAGGGCAGGCAGGGCAGGCGACGCAGCUGCAGCAGCUGCAACAUUUGCAGCAAUUCGCCAAUGCAGCUAUCAAAACGCUUCUGCCAACGCCCCAGCUGGCUCCACCGCAGCCGCAGCAGCAGCAACCACCGACAGCUUCGUCAGCUUACGUGCCAAAGUCCAAUGGCAGCGCCUAUCACAAGAGCUAUGCUCACUACAACAAUGGCAACAACUUCAACAACUUUAACAGCUAUAACAACUAUAGCGGCGGCUACACCGCCAACAACAACAACGGCUCAACCUUCUUUGCCAAUAACAGCAUGAGCAACCCCAGCAACUACAACAACUACAACAGCUACAACGGCAACAACGGCAACAACAAUCGUCAGUGGGAUGGCAGCUUCUUUGGCCAACGUCGUCGCAUCUCGAUCAAAGACUUUGUGCCCAUCCAGGCCUAUCGCCCCAAGAAAACUCAGCGCCCGGCUGACGGGGAGGCUGCAGCUGCUCCAGCUCAAGCCGAGCAGGCAUUGGAUAAAUGCGCAAAGGCCAACAAGAGCGCCGCUCUCGAUGAUCCGCCGAAGGAGAACACCGCAGCCAAUUCGCAGCCAACUAUAACAGUUGCAGUGGAUCCAACUGGAGACGAGGCCAGCUCGGAGCUAAUGAGAACCCUGAAGAUAAACCCUUCAGGUGCUGGAGCCAGUGGAGGGGGCGCUGCCAACGAAGAGGAGCCCGUAGUCCCAAAGCCAAAGGUGGUUCGUAAGCCGCGCAUUCCGCGCAUCGGAGCCAAAUUCGAUCUGGAAUACAUCAUGCCCUAA